AUGUCGGCAUCUCCGGCGAAACGCAAGUUUCCGCCGCCCUUGAACACACUCGGCCUCUUUGAGCCUUACGUCAAGAAUGGCAAGAAAAUCACGGAAGUUGUCAGGUUUGGUAUUUUCAUUAAACACGAAAUUUUAAAUUUUUUUUUUCCUGCAAACAAUACAGAAACUCAGAAUUGAAGGUUUAACCCUGUGGAGGUUUUCUUGGCCGGCUUUCUGCCGCCAAUGUUUGGCUCCAUCUCGGCAAUCGUCAUUGCUUUGGUCUUUCACAACGACGAGAUCAGCAACUAUAACUGGCAGUGCGGAGUGAGUGCUCUUCUUUCUUCCCAAUAAAACCAAAUUUAUCAAGUUUUAAGAUAUCCCUUCGCUUACAUCGAGAUAUAUUCGUUAGAUAAUACAAAGAAAUUCACGAUAACCCAUUGAGAGAGGGGCUCCUGGAAAAAUGUUUAGUAGGGAAUGAUAUCAGCUCACAGUAGGACUUCUGAAUGAGACUAGGCUCACUAGAAGUAGUUUUUUACGCUGGUUCCGAAUCUGUGCUCAAAAAUUGCUUCAAAUGCUUAUGCAAAAAGAUGUGAGCUGUCAAAGUUGAAAAAUUCGAUCUCUUUGUUUAAAUUAAAUUCGGUGGCUUCAAAAUUGAAGUCUCGUCUCAUUUCGAAAAAUCGAGGCAAGUGCUUACCUCGUCACCAAAAAUUUUGCAAAAUUUGCUCCGUCUUGAUCUCAAAAAGCACCACUCGAACAGUCCUGUUUCAGAGGGCCCGCUUGCCGUCGUUGUCUAGAAUCAUCAACCUUCCCGUUGAGAGAACUUUCUGGCAGCUCUUCCUUCUUUUUCAUGUCCCGAUUCGCGUCAUUGAACUCAUAACCGGGUGUCCGUUUUUUUUUCACAUUUUCUUUUCCAAAAUUGACAUUUUUACAGUCUCGCGAUACAAACGGAUGAGAAACGUCAACUACAAACGCACCUGGUUAUACGAAAUUAGCCGCUACGCGUACUUUGUCGUGGGGCUCCUUGAACUCGCAUUUCUGUCUGGCCUUUCGAUUGUCGGAGAACGAGAGAAUAUUCGUGAGACUUUUAUUUCAAAUUUUCGUGCCCAACUUUUCAAAAAAAAAAGUGCCAGUCUUGAAAUGGGGUCAAAAAUCUCAAGUCAAAACGAUUAUCCAGAAAUGCACGUCAUCUUCUUCUACAUCUUCGGCAUUUGCGGCAUCAUUCACAUGAUUGCCAAUAUUUUUUGCCACGCCCAUUCGCUCUACUAUCUCAAUCCUUAUGUAAAUCUUUGCGUUCAAGUUCAAGCCUGAGUAUUUUUCUGCAUUUUUCAGGGACGAUUGUCUUACUAUUUAAAAAUAACCUUCACCUCGCUCUACAUUCUCUCGACGCCCAUUCUCAUUGGCUCUUUUCUACUCUACUGGCGCAAAUGCAUCACUUGGGGCUCGUUUUUUUCACUUGUUUUCGCUUCAUUUUAUACACAAAAAAAUUUGAAAAAUAUAACUUUUUAGCUUAUGACGUUUUCGCAAUUUGCGAGUACAGCGGCGUCUUUCUCAACAUUUGCUUUCACGGCUGUGCCUUUUUCGACAUUCGCUACAAGGUCACGUUUAGGUUCGUAGCUUCAUGGCAAGAAAAAAAUAUCUUUUUUUGAAACUGAAUACACUUGUGACCAUAAUUAUAAUAAUUUAUUGACAGAUCAGCGUGAACCCUAACGAGUUCACUUGGAUCUAGAAUUUGAGAGAAUACAUUAUACAGUUAUACAUCAUUUGAGUCGUGGAGGAAUAGACAAGAAGAUCUCGUGCAAUGGUAGAUUGACCAGUAAAUUUUUUAAAGACUUGGGGUGGUGGCUGAAUUGAAAUUUGGAAGUGAGUUUGUUCCAAGUAGGAAUUGUUUUAAAGAAAAAAUCAUUAGAAGACCAUAAUCAGUUUAAAACCGGAAGCAAAUUGCAGCGUCCGCCGUAUCGAAGACGUGCCGCCGGCCAACAAAGCCCAGGACGACAAGAAGAUGGAAAAGCAUUAG